AUGCAGCUGUUGGAUGUCCCUGAGUGGAAGUGGGAUAAUAUAUCGAUGGACUUUGUGACAAGUUUACCAAACACUGCUAAAGGAAAUGAUGAUAUAUGGGUCAUUAUGGAUAGACCGACUAAAUCGACUCAUUUCAUUCCGAUUAAGAUUAACUUUUUGUUGCAGAAGCUAGCAGAGAUUUAUAUCAGCAUAAUUGUGAAGCUUCAUGGUAUUCCAUAUAGUAUUGUUUCGGAUAGAGACCCGAGGAAGUGUAGAACUCCUAUAUGUUGGUAUGAGACUGGAGAGAAUGUUAUGAUUGGGCCUGAGAUUGUUCAACAGACCACCGAGAAGGUGAAGAUGAAACAAGAGAAGAUGAAGGCAUCUCAGAGCAGACAUAAAAGUUAUCAUGACAAGAGGAGGAAGGCUAUUGAUUUCUGUGAGGAUGAUCAUAUUUUUCUGAGAGUCACUCCGAUGAUCGGUGUUGGGCGUGCGUUGAAGUCGAAUAGGCUUACACCUUGUUUCAUUGGUCCAUACCAGAUCACUCAACGGGUUGGAGCUAUUUCUUACAAAAUAGCUUUACCUCAGUCGCUGAUGGAUGAUGUGCAUGUGAGGGAUAAUAUGACUAUAAAGGCUUUAUCUUUGAUGAUUGCAAAUCGAGAAGUGAAGCAACUCAGAGGUAAGGAGAUUUCUCUUGUGAAGGCCGUCUGGGGAGGACCUGCUGGAGGGAGCAUGACCUGGGAGUCGAAAGUCGAUUGA